AUGUGCGCGGGCGACGGGCUACUUUCCCGCCGCGCGUCCCGCCUCCGGCAGCCAUUGGCGCGCGUCCGCCAAUCGCCGCGCCCCGUUGCGGACGCGCUCGCUUUUGGCGCGAACCACACGGAGCGUGCCGGCGGAUCUUCGCGCGGGCACACGCGUGUUCGACUCUAUCUCAAGCGUGUUGAGGUUCACUUUGGAGCGGCGGGACGGAGCCGAGCGUGUCUUUUCUCCCCUUCGGUCGGUUGCGCUCGGCCGGAAGCGGGACGAGCGCCGAUGGAAGUGUCGCACGCAACGCGGCGCGUGAGUGGAGAGGGGGGGAUGUUAAUUAUAUACCGACUUGUUACAUUUCUGCGUGUGCGCGUAAAAUACGUUGCAAUGCUU